AUGAAAAUUGCUCUGGGUGCUGCAAGAGGUCUUGCCUUUCUUCACAGCACCAAGGCAAAAGUAAUAUAUCGAGACUUCAAGACUUACAAUAUCUUACUUGAUUCUAACUACAAUGCAAAAAUUUCUGAUUUUGGGUUGGCAAGGGAUGGGCCAACUGAUGAUAAGACUCACGUCUCAACUCGGGUCAAGGGAACUUAUGGAUAUACUGCUCCCGAGUAUAUAAUAACAGGCCAUUUAACUGCCAAGGUUGAUGUAUACAGCUUUGGAGUGGUACUUCUAGAAAUUUUAUUUGGGAAGAAAGCAGUAGACAAAAAUCGGCCAUUGGGGGAAGAAUAUUUGGUUGCAUGGGCAAAACCUUACCUGACGAACAGACAUAUAUUGCUGCGCUUUCUAGACCCCUGUCUUGAAGGCCAGUACUCGAUAAGUCAAGUCUUAAAGGUAGGUACCCUUGCGUUUCAAUGCCUAAGCGCAGAACCCAAGUCGAGGCCAACCAUGGACGAGGUCGUAACUGCUUUAGAACAGGUUCAGGAGUUAAAAUGA